AUGCGCAUGGGCCUGAACACUGCCUUGGCCAUUACCAUCCACAACUUUCCCGAAGGCCUGGCUGGUAUGGUUGCAGGCUUGAUUGAUCCCAGCGUGGGCUUCACGCUUACACUGGCCAUCGCCAUUCACAACCUUCCUGAGGGACUUUGCAUUGCGCUGCCCGUGUACUACUCCUCAGGAAGUCGCCUGAAAGGCUUCCUCCUGGCGACGGUCUCCGGCUUGUCUGAACCUGUUGGAGCCCUCAUUGCCUGGGGAAUCGUUGCAAGCAGUGGUCAAGACAUGAACGGCAUGAUUUAUGGCAUCCUCUUUGGCAUG